AUGGUAUUCGAUUUUCUUUUGCUUUUUCUGCUGAUUAGAAGUAAGUAUUGGACUGAUUACAGCUCUGUUGUUCUAAAAAUGAUUAAUUUUGAUGUUGAACAUGAUUUUAAGAUGAUCUAUUUUCUUUAGUAACCAAUUCUUGCCAUGGCGGAGGACAAUAUUCGACAUUGGCAGCACGGAAUAGAGCGCUGGCUUAUGCUGCGCAGAGUUUCGAUGCUGAUUUUCAUAAUGCGAAAUGCGCAAGCGAAGACUAUGGAUUUUACAGAGCCAAAGGUAAACAAAUUUUAUCAAAGUUUACCUUUUUUGGUCGUCUUACAACUGUAUCGUUUCAGAAUUGAAGCGCUUGGCAACUGAAUAUGAGUUCUCAUCCGUCCCAAUUGCAAUCGGCUCAGGUGGUACAGCUGUUUGUGGAUUUGAUUCCGAUGAAGAGAAGUGUGCUUGGUACAAUCGACAGGUCGGAACUCAAGGCCCGGGAUUCAAACGAGCUCGAUUCGAAUCGUUCUUUGAUGUCGAUAAGUUUGAAUGCACUUCGAAUCGGAUUUUCGCAUUUGGUAAGUAAUUGUAGCUUAUUUUUUAUGUUCAGGUCAUUAAUUACAGAGUAAUUUGAUAUCACUUUUCAGAGGACUAUUUUCUAAUGGCUGGAGGCGAGGACUACGAUAGAGAUAUCUCAGCGGCCAUUGAGACAAGGAUACCAUGUCAAUUUGACAAAGCCUAUCUUAAAUUUGAGUACGUUUUAAAUCAGACAUUUUUUGUAUGGCCAGCUCUCCUCUUUCGUGGCUUCUCUCGAAAAUCGAUCCGUUGAGUUACUUGGCUGAUUUGCUUAUUUAUCAAACAUACAGCAAAAAAACGACGUCUCUUAAAGCCAUCAUAUAUGAAAUGUUUCUAGUUACUGGAGCAACAACGAGACCCCAGUCUUGAAAGUGUGCGUGAUCCCCGAAGACACCCCCGACCCUCAAUGUGAGGAAUCCCAUAUGGAUUCGAAUCCCCUGACCUUCGAAAUCCCCCAAUCCCUGAGGCCAUUCCGUCUGCGUGUGCAGGUGGACUCCAUCGGGAAGGAUGACAUUGUCUUCCUCGAUUCCAUUAGAUACGAAGGCAAAUUUUGUGAAGUUUAUGGGCCCGAAAAGAAGAAUACGACGACCACAAGGACCGUCGCGAAUGCAGCGCCGACUAGAAGUUUCAAACCGACCAAGUCGAUUACGGAUAAUGACAUUGUUUAUAGCACAACCGAGUCGAUAAAGAAGAAAAAAGUGUUUGGCACAACGAGUAUCGUCCAUUCUGAGGUUGGUUAUGGCACACUUUGGCUAUAGCAUACUUAUAUUGGAAUUGAGUCAAGUAUAAUACAGAAAUUGAUCUUCUGAUUUCAGGACCGAGACCUAGGUUCGCAACAAGGGAAAUUGGAUGUUUGCGAGGCCUUGAGCUGCGACUUCAACCACGGGGAUUCCUGUUAUUACUCUCUUUCAGGCCUUGGAGGAACGUAUGUUCAAUACAUUUUAAUAUCACGCAAUUUUCAGUGCUGAAUGGCGAAUUGGAGAACAUUAUUUUGGAAAUCCGCACACUGGAAUCCACAAGGCUAAUCCGAUUGAUCAAAGGAUGAGUGAGUUGAUAGCAAAAUGCGUUAUGUUUCUUCUUUUCAUCACGUACAGUGGGACCUCCGUACAACGAACCGCCAUACAACGAAACCUGUCUAUAACGUACAAUCUCAAUUGUCACUUUUAUAACAAAAUCAACCUCCGUAAUUCACUAUAACGAACAAGCGUUUUGCUCUUUGCGAUUCAUUGUAUGGAGUCACUGUAUCGAAAUUUCGGUUUUUAAUGAAUAGUUUCAGCUGGCUUUGCUUUUGUCGGCCUGGAUCGGAAUGAUUUUUCAACGGAAGUAUUCGUCUUGGAAUCGGCCCGUUUCUUCACCAAAGAGCCGGUUUACCUGGUCUUUGAUCUCUAUCAGCGCUCCGUGGGUCCUCAGUUGAGAGUGAGUUGGGAUCUGAAAGCUGUUUAUCGUGCCCAAUCUAUUUGUAGGUCUGUGUGAACUCCUUUGACAACUGUCCGUAUGUUAACCCACCGUUGAACGCAAGGGAAUUCUGGAGGCACGAUCAGCGGAUUCUGUUGGACGAAGAGGCCGAAAAGGUGGGAAAUAUGGGAUUUGAAGUCCAAACUGGGUUCACAUCGCCAUAUACAGGGUGUUUCAAGAAAUUUGGAACAAAUGACUUGCUUAUAUCUUUUUGUUCUUUGCAGCUAUCAACGAAUUUCUUUUUGCUUCUAAAAAUUGACAGCGUGCGUUUUUAGAAUCUCAAAAAAUUUUUUUUCGUCGGCGGAGGGUCCAUUUCUCGGCGGAAAAAUUAGGGCCUUUUUAAAAAUCACAGCUUAUUACGUGGCGGAAACGCCGUUGCAACGGCUGAAAUCAAGUUUACGUAAUACCUCCAUCGAUUUUACGGUAUGCUUUUUUGCGUUUUCGAUUUUACGCACUUCCGCGGAUGCGCGGCGGAGACCUCAGAUUUCGGUGGACGUCGUUUUGGGCCUUCGGCUGUUGCAAUUCAUGUUGGAAAAGAGGUUGGGGUGAUUUUUUCUUGUCAUCCGAUGCACAGAUGGUAAAAAUUUCGUGCUUUUUAUCCCCGGCGGAGGAGUCGGCGGAGGCUUUAUCAAAGGGUAAAAACAAAACUCGGCCGAUUUGUCCGCCGGACCAAAAAAAUCAAAAAUCUUUGAAAGACAAUGCUGCUCUGAUGGAUUCUUGUAGCUGAGAUUUUUCCCGGACUCGUAAGACAGCUUUGACCCUUUGAUAAAGCCUCCGCCGAAUCCUCCGCCGGGGAAAAAAGCACGAAAUUUUUGCCAUCUGUGCAUCGGAUGACAACAAAAAAUCACCCCAACCUCUUUUCCAACAUGAAUUGCAACAGCCGAAGGCCCAAAACAACGUCCGCCGAAAUCUGAAGUCUCCGCCGCGCCUUCGCGGUGCGCGUAAAAUCGAAAACAAAAAAAUGCAUACCGUAAAAUCGAAGGAGGUGUAACGUAAACUUGAUUUCAGCCGUUGCAACGGCGUUUCCGCCACGUAAUACGCUGUGAUUUUUAAAAAAGGCCCUAAUUUUCUACGCCGAGAAAUGGGCCCUCCGCCGACAAAAAAAUUUUUUUUAAGAUUCUAUAAACGCACGCUGUCAAUUUUUAGAAGCAAAAAGAAAUUCGUUGAUAGCUGCAAAGAACACAAAGAUAUAAGCAAGUCAUUUGUUCCAAAUUUCUUGAAACACCCUGUACAUUAAUGUUUUUAUUUUUAUAUGCUACAAAAGUUUAGCUUACAUGUAAUUUAAAUUGCUUUAGGUGUAUUUCAUUGCCGGGAAAGUCGGUCGAAACCUUUAUUUGGCCAUCGACAACAUCCGCUUGCAGACCUCAGACUUUGAAGAUUAUUGUUCCCAGGUCCUGUAA